AUGGAUGGGGAUGAUUUAUUUGACGUCUUCGAUGAGAAGCCCAGUCUUCCGCCACAACUUCCAGCAAAGAAGGAAUCAGAUGAGAAACCUUCAGACACUUCUAAAGUUGAAUUAGUUGAAGAUGAAGAUUCUUCAAAGAAAAGACCAGCUUCACCAGUUGCCAAUGAUGAACAAAAAAAAGCCAAAAAGGAAAAGAAAUUAGUUGAUAAGAAGGAAAAAUCAGAAGUUGUUCCACUUGUUGCAGAUUCUUUUGAACAAGAAGCUUCAAGAGAAGUUAAGGCAUCAAGUGGGUUAAUGCCAAAGACAGAUCAAGAUGGUAAAGUUAAACUAUCACAUCAAGUUAGACAUCAAGUUGCUGUUCCAGCUGGAUAUCCAUACAAGCCAAUUGGUGAACAUAAAAGAGAGAAUGAAGCUCGUACAUAUCCUUUCACUUUAGAUCCUUUCCAAGAUACCGCUAUUUCAUGUAUUGAUAGAAGUGAAAGUGUUUUAGUUUCUGCUCAUACAUCUGCUGGUAAAACAGUUGUUGCUGAAUAUGCUAUUGCUCAAUCAUUAGGUGAAAAGCAAAGAGUCAUUUAUACUUCACCAAUCAAGGCGUUAUCAAAUCAAAAAUAUCGUGAAUUAUUAGCAGAAUUUGGUGAUGUUGGUUUAAUGACUGGUGAUGUUACUAUUAAUCCAGAUGCUGGUUGUUUAGUCAUGACUACUGAAAUUUUAAGAUCUAUGUUGUAUAGAGGUUCAGAAGUUAUGAGAGAAGUUGCAUGGGUUAUUUUUGAUGAAGUUCAUUAUAUGAGAGACAAAGAACGUGGUGUUGUUUGGGAAGAAACCAUUAUUUUAUUGCCAGAUAAGGUUCAUUAUGUUUUCUUAUCAGCUACUAUUCCAAAUGCUAUGGAAUUUGCUGAAUGGAUUUGUAAGAUUCAUUCACAGCCAUGUCAUGUUGUUUAUACAGAUUUCCGUCCAACUCCAUUACAACAUUAUCUUUUCCCAGCAAAUGGUGAUGGUAUUCAUUUAGUUGUUGAUGAAAAAUCCACAUUUAGAGAAGAAAAUUUCCAAAAAGCUAUGGCUUCCAUUAGUGACAAACAAGGUGAUGAUCCAUCUGCAAUUGAUAAAACAAGAGGUAAAAAAGGUCAAACUUUUAAAGGUGGUAAUAAAGAUGGUAAAUCAGAUAUCUACAAGAUUGUUAAAAUGAUUUGGGUUAAAAAAUAUAACCCAGUUAUUGUUUUCUCAUUUAGUAAAAGGGAUUGUGAAUCUUUAGCAUUGAAAAUGAGUAAAUUAGAUUUCAAUACAGAGGAAGAAAGAGAUACAUUAACCAAGAUUUUCAAUAAUGCUGUUGAUGUUUUACCAGAAUCCGAUAGAGAAUUACCACAAAUCAAACAUAUCUUACCAUUACUAAGACGUGGUAUUGGUAUUCAUCAUUCAGGUUUAUUGCCAAUUUUAAAAGAAAUUAUUGAAAUUUUAUUUCAAGAAGGUUUAUUAAAAGUUUUAUUUGCCACUGAAACUUUCUCAAUUGGGUUGAAUAUGCCUGCUAAAACUGUUGUUUUCACAUCUGUUAGAAAAUGGGAUGGUAAAGGAUUCCGUUGGGUUUCUGGUGGUGAAUAUAUUCAAAUGUCUGGUCGUGCAGGUCGUCGUGGGUUAGAUGAUCGUGGUAUUGUUAUUAUGAUGAUUGAUGAAAAAAUGGAACCACAAGUUGCUAAAGGGAUGGUUAAAGGUGAAGCUGAUAGAUUAGAUUCCGCGUUCCAUCUUGGUUAUAAUAUGAUUUUAAAUUUGAUGAGAGUUGAAGGUAUUUCACCAGAGUUUAUGUUGGAACAUUCAUUUUAUCAAUUUCAAAAUGCUGCAUCAGUUCCAGUUUUAGAGAAGAAAUUAUAUGAGAUUGAAGAAAACUUGAAAACAAUUACAAUUGAAGAUGAAAGUACUGUUCGUGAAUAUUAUGAUUUAAGAAAACAAUUGGAUGUUUAUAAUGAAGAUGUUCGUCAUAUUAUAACACACCCUGCACAUAUCUUGACAUUUUUACAAGGUGGUAGAUUAAUUAAAGUGAAAAUUGGAGAAUUUGAUUAUGAUUGGGGUGUUGUUGUUGAUUUCCAAAAAAGACAAAAUAAACGUAAUAAGAGUGAAACUUAUACAGAUCAUCAAUCAUAUAUUGUUAAUGUUUUGGUGAAUACAAUGUUUGCAGACUCUCCAACCAAUUUGAUUAAACCAUUCCAACCAAACUUCCCAGAAGGUAUUAGACCAGCAAAAGAUGGUGAAAAAACCAAGAAUGAAAUUUUACCUAUAACUUUAGAUUCAAUUAGUGCUGUGGGUAAUUUGAGAUUAUAUUUACCAAAAGAUAUGAAAUCUAAUCAACAAAAGGAAACAGUUUCCAAGAGUCUUGUUGAAGUUAAGCGUCGUUUCCCAGAUGAGAUUCCAUUAUUAGAUCCAGUUGAAAAUAUGAAGAUUGAAGAUACAGAUUUCAAGACAUUAUUGAAGAAAAUCGAAGUUUUAGAAUCCAAAUUAUAUUCAAAUCCAUUAUCAUUAUCACCAAGAUUGAAAACUUUAUAUGAACAAUAUAGUUCCAAGAUUGCACUAACAAAUGAUGCUAAAUCUAUUAAAGAUAAGAUUUUAGAAGCUCAAGCAGUGAUUCAAUUAGAUGAUUUAAGACAUCGUAAAAGAGUUUUACGUCGUUUAGGUUUCACCACAGCUUCAGAUGUUAUUGAAUUGAAAGGACGUGUUGCAUGUGAGAUUAGUACAGGUGAUGAAUUAUUGUUAACAGAAAUGAUUUUUGAUGGUAAUUUUAAUGAAAUAACACCAGAACAAAGUGCAGCAUUAUUAUCAUGUUUUGUUUUCCAAGAAAGAUCAAAGGAAACACCAAGAUUAAAACCAGAAUUAGCAGAACCUUUAAAACAAAUGCAAGAAAUGGCUAGUAAAAUUGCUAAAAUUUCCAAAGAAUCCAAGAUUGAAAUUGUGGAGAAGGAUUAUAUUGAAUCUUUUAGACCAGAAUUGAUGGAGAUUGUUUAUUCAUGGUGUAAAGGUGCAACAUUUACACAAAUUUGUAAAAUGACUGAUGUUUAUGAAGGUAGUUUGAUUAGAAUGUUUAAAAGAUUAGAAGAAAUGUUGAGACAAAUGGUUGUUGCUGCAAAGACUAUUGGUAAUGUUGCAUUAGAAGAAAAGAUGGAAAAGGCUAUUGAAUUGGUUCAUAGAGAUAUUGUUAGUGCUGGUUCUCUAUAUUUGUGAUC